AGAACGAUUUCAGUUUUUUGAAAAAUUUUACAAUGGCUUAUCAAUCAGGUAAUAUUACAUCAAAGCUUGUGUGAAAUCAGACAAAAAUUUUCUACACUGUCUGUCAAUUUAAGUUCAUUUCCAAACAACAGAUUUGGGCAUAAGGUGCGACUUAGUUUGCAAACCUAUGCCUUUGGUAAGGUUUUUGUAACAGAUUUUUUACGAAAUUUUCAAAAUCAUCAAAUUUUGGACAUACAAAAAUUUUAACAGUUUUGGCACUGGGACCUAAAUCUUAAAUGGAUUAGGACAGAUUUGUGACCGUCAAUUGAGGGUGGUAAUUGAAAGUUUUGUUAAUCGGCUUACAUAAAAAGAGUAGAGUAUGAAAUAGUUCCAGAAUUAGUGUUCUACAUUUGUAAAACGCAUUCCCAGUAUGGCGGAUCUAACCUAAUUCUGUUUAGUUUUUGUUAUUUAAAAGAUAAAUUUCACUACAAGAUAUCAUGGUUUUGAUGACUAAAGUGCAAGGAAAAUCAUUGAUGUUCUGUGCAAAAUUCAUAGACAUGUCAUAAAAAAUUAUGAUACUAAAUGUGACAUAGCACUUAUUUUGAAAUAAAUUUGAUUAUACAAAAAUUGGAUUCUCAUAAUUUUCAAAAAACUGACAAAAAAAAUAAAAUAUAAGUCAUAAGAAUGGAAAAUGAACAGCUUUUCGUAGCAUCAUAAUUUUAUUGACUUACUUAAUAUAGAGAGGAUAUAUAAAUAAAACAAAGGAUCUAUUUGCUUGGGAUAACAAUAUAAAGAUAUCAAAAUGCGCACUGUUGCAAUUCUAAACCAAGGAAUGGUGAAAGAGUCAAACACUCUAAAAGUGAAUCGAUGUGCACAAGGAAACUAUUUUAUUAUGGAUACAGAGCAGGUUAUUUCUAACCCAUACCAAGAUCUCCAGUCAGAGGCAUUAGACAGUGCCAAGAAAUCUUCCCUUACAGAACGUCUGACGGCUGUACGCAAUAAUGUAUGCGAACACAAUUUACGUACAGCAACUAAUCACCUUGAAAAACAGCGUACACACUCUAUGAGAAACUUACAUAUGGACACAAGUAAUCUGCGUUAUCAAGUUAAAAUCAUGGAUAUAGACAGAAGAAAGAAUGACUUAGCAUUACAAAAACGAAUUAAUCCUAAAAAGGACUUUUCUUAUGACAAUCGUCAAAUAUCAACAAGUGCCAAAAGAUUGGGAAUCACUUCUGAGGAGUCAUUUUACCUUGAUAGAAAACUACAGUAUCCGUUGAGAGGAAAUAUACUGAAAGAUCACAAUGCAAAACCUUUAAUUAAAAAAGCAAGAAAGACAAUGGCUGAUUACUCUAUAAGAAAGAAAAAUGAACAAAAUGAAUCUGAAAGAGCGCAAACAGCAAUAACAUUAGAGAGAGCCACUACUGCACACACUGUUUCGACCACAAUGGAAAUCCUUUCUCCCGAACCUUCAUCUAAAGAUCAAAGAAAAAUGAGAUAUGGAUCGAAAUCUGCCCCGCCUCCUAAACUAUCUGUCUCUGAUCCUCAACGUUCACAUUCACGCCUCAGUGCCAUUGACGAGACAGAUGCCAAGCUCCCUAACAUACGUACUCCUAGUGUGAGCAAUGUGACUCCGCGUCAACCUAAGUCACAUGUUAAGUUUAACGUAACUAGAUCUCAGCCUUUCAGACAAUCAACUCCGGAGAAACUGUAUCGAUCUAAAACAUGGAUGCCACGUGUUACACGCUCGUACAGUGAAGGAUGGGACAGUGACGAUGAUGACGACUAUCUUUACUCUGAAAAAGUAGACUUAAGAGCUUUAUUCUUUGGAAAUAAAUCGCAAAGUGGAGAUGCUAAAAGUGCUAUAAGUGGAAUCUCUACAGCUCACACCUCCACCACAAGAAUGAGUGGUGAAAUUCCGAUCCAAUUUCGAGCUCCACAAGCUAAACCAAAAGUCACAGAGGAAAUGUUACUUAAAGAACAAAAGCAAAUAAAAGACAAAAUUGAUUCAUUCUUAGGAACAAUGAAGAAAGAUGAACAAGCAGAUAAGAAAAAGGAAGAAAAAGAAGAGCCAAAGGAAACGGAAGAAGAUAAAGCGAAAAAGGAAACACUCUCAAAAGCGGCUAUUCUUUUGAGUGUAUUUUCCAAACCACUUGAUCGCUCUAAGACAUGGGGUUUUGCUCCGCCAAGACAAGAAAAGAAAGUAGAAAAAGUUGAGAAAGUUACAAAGGUCGAAAUAGAAAAGCCUAUAGAAGAAGAUGAUGCAACCCCGAAAAAUCCAAAGGAUUUUUGGAAACUUAUCAAAACUAAUAUUCAAAAUGGGAAUGUUAAAAAACGGAAGUAUACUGCCAAUGAUCUAUUACUUCAGCAACUGACGGGAAUUCUCGUACACGCUGAUCAGAAAACAAACAUUCCAAUAAACGCUGCAAGUAGAGCACUACGUCACACGCCAACAUUUAAAAUGCGUAGAGUUGUUGAAGAAUUAAUGAGACAACGAACACGUUAUGAACAGCAAGAAAUAGACAAAUUGCAACAGCAGGAAAAUAAUCUCGAUGGUGGCGUGCCAUUUACGGAAGAAUCUGGAGUACAACACUACCCAACACGGGCUUGGGGUACCCAAGCUCAAGAAAUGGAGCAACCAUCUUGAAUAACGUUAACACUUUUAGUAAUUU